ACGGUACUCAAGCAACAUGGCUCUUAAUUCAAACAUAAAAAUGGAGUACAUGGACAGUGAAAUCAUGCCAGAUGCUCAUAAUUUCUCAUUAGAAGAAACAGUCAAUGCAUUAGAAACUGUUAAUGUGUGUCAUAGUCACAAUCCAAUGGAUGGGUUAAUAUUUUCACCACUUCUCAGUAAGGAUAUAAAAAUGGAACCACCAACGGAUCUUAAUAUGGAGCAGGAGCAUUUCAUAGACCAAAAGGAACAAUUUAAUGAUUAUUCACAUGAAGAAUUUCAAGAGCCUAUUGAUUUAGAGAUGACUCCAGACCAACUUCAAGCCUCAUUCAAUAUCCAACCACCAAUACAUGUACAAACGAGAAAAUUUAAAAAGUCAACAAAUACAAAACAGUCAUGGAAGAAAAAUAAAACGCGACAAAGGAAAGUCGACUCCACCAAGACAGAUUCAAGAAUCAAAAAUUCAAAAAACGUUCAUCAUAAACCAAAUAAAUCAGUUACCGGUAUUAAAAAAGCUCAGCAAAACAAAACAUUUAGUAAAACUAUUAAAAAAAACCAUGUUGCUACGAAAACAGCAAAACAAAUGGCAAUAACGUCAAAGAAACAUCAGUGUGAAUUAUGCAAUGUAAUAUUUCCUCAGAAGAAAAUGUUGGUUAAACACAAAAAAGUUCAUAAAAAAAUAAAGAAGACAUUUCCAUGUACAACCUGUAAGGAAUCAUUCAGCGAUAUAAUUUCUUUGUUAAAACAUUCACGAAUUCAUGUAAUUAAAACAAAUUGUAAUGUUUGUAGUAAAUCAUUUAAUGAUGCUGCUACGUUUAAAGAGCAUAAAAAAACUCAUAUGAGAGAGAAACCUUUUAAAUGUGAUGUUUGUAGUAAAUCAUUUUUUAAUGUCACAAGUUUGAAGUCCCAUGGCAGAUCCCACUUGUCAAAGAAGUUAUUUGAAUGUGAUGUUUGUAAAAAGUCGUUUAGAAAUCGCAUGAAUUUAAGCUAUCAUAUGGCAUCUCACAAAACCAUAGACAAAAAUCUGGAAUCUGAACCACCUAAACCGGACAGCAUUGAGGACAAAGCACAUCACCUUGUUGAUGGGGCACCUACAUCGAGUACGAUACUGAAGCCAAAGAUCAAGGCUACCCCUUCCAAGAAGUCCGUUGAUUGUGACGUUUCUAGUAAAUCAUUUAAAAGCAGCCCCGUUUUGAAAUACCAUAUGAGGUCUCACAAAAUCAUAGACAAAAAUUUGGAAACUGAACAACCACCUAAUCUAGACAGCAUUGAGGACAAAGCAGAUGAAACUGUUGAUGAGGCACCUACAUCUAGUAAGAUGCUGAAGCCAAAGAUCAAGACGACUCCUUCCAAGAAGUCCUCUGAUUGUGACAUUUGUAGUAAAUCAUUUAAAAGCAGCCGGGCUUUAAAAUUCCAUGUGAGUUCUCACAAAAUCAUAGACAAAAAUCUGGAAACUGAACAACCAGCUAAACUGGACAGCAUUGAGGACAAAGCACAUGACAUUGUUGACGGGGCAACUACUACAUCUCAUAAGAUGCAGAAGCCAAGGAUUGAAACUACUCCUUCUAAGAAUUCAACUGUAUGUGGCAUUUGUAACCGAUCUUUUAAAACCUGCCAUAUGAGAUCUCACGAAAACCCCAGACGAAAACCUUCCACCAUUGAGAACAAAGCAGAUGACAAAUCAACAGUUGGGAUACUGAAGCCACGUACCUGUUGCAAAACUCCUGCAAAGUCUCGCUUUAAAUGUGAUGUUUGCAAUAAAUCCUUGAAAACUAAGAUGGCUUUAAGAUUUCACUCAAAAACUCAUAAAUCUAUAAACCUAAAAAUAGAAAAUGAUGGUGUCCAUAAAGCAUCUAAAAUUAAUAAAAUGCUAAAUGUGACCAAAACUUUUGAAUGUCAUGUUUGUGGAAAGUCCUUUAAGAAUAAAAGGGCUUUAAAUUUCCAUUCAAAAACUCACAAAAUUUUAAGAAAAAGUUUGGAAAAGGAACCUCUUAAAACAGAUCAUGGGGUUGGAGAAGAAGAUACAUGUACAAAUUUUGAUGACACAGAUGGUGACGUGGAUGGAGCAGUGGACAGUGGAGGUGAAGCAGAAGAUAAUACGGAAGAUGCAAGUGAUAUCACUGAUGAAGAACAAGUUGAGUGUCCAGUUAGCUUUGAGCCAUUUGCUUGCCUUGAAAACCAAGAAAUCCACAGGAAACGCCAUUCAUCUAAGAAGACUUCGACCAGUAAUCCCGCAAACUUUAUGUGUCAAGUCUGUGGAAAGAACUUGUCAUCCAAAGACAGUUUGCAGACACACUCUCGACUUCACACAGGAGAAAAACCUUUUGUUUGUGAUAUUUGUGGUACAGCAUUCAGCGAUAAAGGUGCCCUGACGAAACAUUCUGUCACUCAUUCUAGGGAAAGGAAUUAUUGUUGCGAAAUAUGUGGUCGUGGUUUUGGUCUUGCAGGUCUACUCACACGUCAUAUGUCUGUCCACUCUGACAAAAAACCAUUCAAAUGUAAAGUUUGUGAUAAAGCAUAUAAACGGAAGACUGAGUGUAAUAUACAUUUUAGAAAGCAGCAUUGUAAUUUGGAAGUGAAUGUCUACAAGGAAAUAUUUGAGGUAGAAAGAGCCGAAUGCAAUCUGUGCCAGAGACUGGUAAAAAAAAAGUACAUGAAAGAACAUAUGAAAAGCCAUAGAGUAAGGGUUCGAUCGUUCGCUUGUGAUGUUUGUCCUUUAUCCUUUGUACGCAAAUCUACUUUAUUGAGGCAUAUGAAAACUCAUACAGGUAAAAAACCUUACAAAUGUGACCGGAAGGGAUGUGAAAUGGCAUACCUAGCGAAAAGUGAUUUACUCCGACAUAUCAGAAAUUUUCAUGACAAGUUUAGACCUUUCACUUGUGAUGUCUGUCAGAGAGAUUUUUUUGAUAAAACGCGUUUAGAAUUGCAUAGCAGUGAGCAUACAGGAAAGUACCGUUAUAAGUGUAAUAAUUGUGGUAAAAAUUUCAAUUACAGAAGCAGAUAUCUCAAGCAUUUAGCUAGGACACUUAAGUGUAAAAGGAAACAGGAGCAAAAAACCCCAAAGAAAAGUGAUUCUGUGGGACAAAAAAAAAUGAAAAGAGCAAGAUUUACAAACAAUGGGAAAUCAACACCAGCAAAAUCAGAUGUUGCGAAUUCUCAGAAACCAGAACUGGUAGCAAAACCAUUAGUUGUAAGUCAUCCAUUACUAGUGACACCAGCUUCACCCAAACAACCCAAUCCCAACGGGGAACAAAAUACUAAGACGUUGGAUGAUAGGGGCCUUUUAGAAAAUGAAGAAGUGAUUGAAAAAAAUAAAUCUUCUGGAGAUUCAGAUCUUCCAGAAAAGUCUAAAUUUCCAGCAUCAAAAAGCACAGAUGUGAAAGAAAGUCAAACACAUAGAAUUAAUCUAGGCUACAAAUGUGAUGUCUGCAAUGAUCGGUUUUCUUUGAGCAAAGAUCUUCAGACUCACAUUAUGCUGCAUUUAAAAGCUGCCAUGUCCCCACGAGCUGAUGCCCGAGAAGUCACACAAGUGAUGGAGAAGACACCUGCACCUGGUGUUAAUAUUAAUAGCCAGGAAGAAAAAUAUGGCCAAUGGUUAAACCAAAGAGAAGAUUCUUUAUUUGAUGCACCACAACAGAAGGCUUUUCCAUCAGCUGUAAUAGAUGAAAAGGUGUUCAAUGACUCUUCUGUGCUGAGUAAUUUUGGUGCUGCAGAAUGUUCAGAUAGUGCUGAUGUGGCAGAUGAUGAUAGUGAUUACAAUGAACUCCCAGCUAUUGAUGACAAAGGUGUUAAAGAGCAAGAUGUGCUAACUUUUGAAAAAACUGUGCACACUGAAGUUGCAGAACUGAAGAAUCAAGAAAAGUCUGAGCAAGAACCAGUGAAUAUUAAUGGCAAUAAGGCUAUGGAAGUGAAUGUGGAAAUGAAGGCGGAGGAAUUAAAUAAAGCAGAGCCCCUAAACAAGUUAUUUGAGGCCCCACAACUGAAGUCUUUCCCAUCAGCUGUAAUUGUUGAAAAGGACUCUUCUAUGCUGAGUAAUAAUGGUGCUGCAGAAUGUUCAGAUGUUGCUGACGUGGCAGAUGUUGAUAGUGAUUACAAUGGACUCCCAGUUAUUGAUGACAAUGGUGUUAAAGAGCAAGAUGGACUAACUUUUGAAAAAUCUGUGCACACUGAAGUUGCAGAACUGAAGAAUCAAGAAAAGUCUGAGCUAGAACCAGUGAAUAUUAAUGGCAACAAGGCUAUGGAAGUCAGUGUGGAAACCAAGGCGGAGGAAUUAAAUAAUGCAGAGUACCUAAAUAAGUUAUUUGAUGCCCCACCACUGAAGGCUUUUCCAUCAGCUGUAAUUGUUGAAAAGGACUCUUCUAUGCUGAGUAAUUCUAGUGUUGCAGAAUAUUCAAAUGGUGCUGAUGUGGCAGAUGAUAAUAGUGAUUACAAUGGAGUCCCAGCUAUUGAUGACAAUGGUGCUAAAGAGCAAGAUGGACUAACUUUUGAAAAAUCUAUGCAUACUGAAGUUGCAGAACUGAAGAAUCAAGAAAAGUCUGGGCAAGUACCAGUGAAUAUUAAUGGCAAUAAGGCUAUGGAAGUGAAUGUGGAAACCAAGGUGGAGGAAUUAAAUAAAGCAGAGCCCCUAAACAAGUUAUUUGAUGCCCCACAACUGAAGUCUUUGCCAUCAGCUGUAAUUGUUGAAAAGGACUCUUCUACACUGAGUAAUUCUGGUGCUGCAGAAUCUUCAGAUGGUGCUGACGUGGCAGAUGUUGAUAGUGAUUAUGAUGGACUCCAAACUAUUGAUGUCAAUGGUGUUAAAGAGCAAGAUGGGCUAACUUUUGAAAAAUCUGUGCAUACUGAAGUUGCAGAACUGAAGAAUCAAGAAAAGUCUGGGCAAGAACCAGUGAAUAUUAAUGGCAACAAGGCUAUGGAAGUCAAUGUGGAAGCCAAGACGGAGGAAUUAAAUAAUGCAGAGUACCUAAAUAAGUUAUUUGAUGCCCCACAACUGAAGGCUUUUCCAUCAGCUGUAAUUGUUGAAAAGGAUUCUUCUAUGCUGAGUAAAUUUGGUGUUGCAGAAUGUUCGGAUGGUGCUGAUGUGGCAGAUGAUGAUAGUGAAUACGAUGGACUCCCAGCUAUUGAUGUCAAUGGUGUUAAAGAGCAAGAUGGACUAACUUUUGAAAAAUCUGUGCACACUGAAGUUGCAGAACUGAAGAAUCAAGAAAAGUCUGAGCUAGAACCAGUGAAUAUUAAUGGCAACAAGGCUAUGGAAGUCAAUGUGGAAAUCAAGGCUGAGGAAUUAAAUAAUGCAAAGUCAGAUGAAAGUCAUCUACGAAGUAACACAGAUAACAAAGAGUCGAGUUCUGUGGAUAACAAAGAACCUAUAGCUUCAGCUUUUUUUGAUGAUGGUGAUUCAGAUGAUAGCAUGGUAAUAAAUGUAUCCUCUAUUUUACCAAAAAACAUUUUCUGAUCAUCGGGACAAUAGUGAUCCUUCUGAUCGUAGCGCUGUUAAAAUUGACACAUUAUUAACCGAGGAGCAAGGUUCAAGCACCAGAAAGUUCAAAAAGAGGAAGAUGGUACCCAAGCAAGAUGGUGAUAAAAUAUUUUCCUGUAACUUCUGUAGUAGAAUAUUUCCCACUGAGAAAGGAUUAAACUGACAUUUAGUCUCGCAAGUUGACUCAAUGACAGACCUAAUGAUACAAGCACAGACACUAACCAUUCAGCUAUACACCCUCACCCACCCCGUAUUAAUAAGCAAUUUAGUUUUCAGCAUGUAUACAGUAAACUUUGGAUAAGUCGGAUAUAAGUGGACUGACCAAUUUUAUCUGAGUCAAGCGAAAUUCAAUCUUAACUUGAUUAGAAAUAAACUGCAAGAGCAGGAUAAGAAUUGAUUCAAAGGCACAUUUCAAGCUUUUCUAUGUGCGGGUAGAUAACUUCUGUUUUGGUGCGGGUAGAUAACUUCUGUUUUGUUGCCAUCUUUGAAAAAUGUCCUAAAUUUUCCUUGAAAGUGUCUUGUACAGCAAACAGUGAGUUUUGAAUUUUCCGGGAAAAUUCUAUUAUUGCGUCGUGUCAAAUUGGCUGAUUUGAGUCAAAAUGAUAGGGAAAAGUAUUUUGGGGCUCUGUGCAUGGAAUAAUACCUAACCGCGUUUUAGACCAUCGGGACGAAACGGAUCAAAUGGAUUGAUCCGAGUUAAGCAAAGAUCCGACUUAGGAAAUCUGACUGACGCGUAGAAAUUUAAUAAGAAAAAUGUGCAGGAUAAACGAGUUCAAAUGAUUUUAUCCGAGUUGAGCGAAGAUCCGACUGACUUAUGCAAAGUUUACUGUACUUUAAAGGGGUAUUAUGGAAGAUGAGAUAAAGAGUUGACAAUUCUUGCUAUAAUAGUUAAAAAAUACAUAAUGUAAAUUACACAGUCAAAUUGCUCCACUCUGAACCGAUAUAUUAGCUUUUGGAUUUAAACCUAGCCUCAAUCAUUACUAAAGUCGGUACGAUAAAAAAAAAGUCUUGAUUAUCCAUUUUUAGGUUUAAUCAUGUGUUCCAAUCCGCUAAAUAUCGCAGGCUGGCGAUGGCAUCGAGAGUUGAUUAUAGUCUGGAUAAGUUAAUUAAUGUCUAAUUAAUAAUUUAGAUAACAUUUCAGUCCUGUAAAAGUCAGAUUUAGUUCUUGCAUAAUGUAUGUUUAAUUUGGGGAAGGACAAGAAUACAUAUAUUAAUUCACACAUACAUCGCAGGGCAAAUGGCUAUAUUCUUUGGAAACUUAAAAUAAAAGACAAUGUAUCUAAGGGGAUUUAUAUUUAAUUUGUUAAAUUGUUAUUGUUAUUUCUAAUCAGUGAAAUAUGUGAUCAUUCCAAAUUGAACGGCAGUCGUUUGUGUCUGCUGAAUCUGAUUAAAAUAGAGAUCUAUAUUUCGUUUAAUUUUUUUUUAUACUUUCGAUGGCGUACAUUACAUGAAGAUCUGACCAGUUGUACUGGAGGGUAGUGCCAGGGUCCUAUGAGUGGCUUUUGACCCUAUGAUGUCAGAUUAAUCAAUCAGCGUUGACGUUUCUAGUGUUUUACCUACAGUUCCGUGCAUCGCAUGCCAAGAAGUCGCCGUAACAGAUGGUUUCAUUGGCUAAUCCCUCACACCAUCCAGAAUGCCUGUUAUAUAACAACUCUUCCAGAUCCUAGUGUAGUACAGACAAAUAAAACGAUAUUUUGAACUAUAAAAAACUAAACGAAAUAGGAUCUGUGUUUUAAUCAGAUUAGUGUCUGCUUAGUACAUUCCACACGUUUGUAAUAUUAUUCUUUUGUUGUUCGGGAAUCAGUUAUUACUAAUGGGCGUCCUCGCUGAAGGAAUUCCCACCAGGUGUCGCUAGUAAAAACUCGGUUCCACGUGACCUUAUCGAUGGUAAGAGAACCGUAUCGGUAUUAAAUUCCAUAUUAACGACAAAAACUAACAUUUGUCAAGGAAUUCCCAGCAGGUGUCGCUAGUAAAAACUCGGUUCCAUGUGACCUUAUUGAUGGUAAGAGAACCGUAUCGGUAUUAAAUUCCAUAUUAACGACAAAAACUAACGUUUGUCAACACACGAGUUCAUAAUGAAUGUACAGGAAAACUGUGCUAUAAGGUAAACAAUGAGGUCACGUGGGACUGCCUCGUCUAUAAAUUAUGUCCCUUUAUCUCUAGCGAGGACGCCCAUUACUUCCACAUUGUCCUGUAGGAUAUGUUUUUCUUUGUUCAUUACAAAUGGCACCCAAAAUUACAGAAUACAAGACUCGUGUACUGGUUAUAAAAUGUUCAUUGUGUCUUAGAUAUUGGAUAUUAGGAUCUCAUAUUGUCACAGCAAGAUAAAAACAUCAAUAUUGAUUGAAAUGAACAAAUGUUGAAUUCUAAUUGGUGUUUUUAAUUUCAAAUAUUAUGUUAAAUAUUGAGGUAGAGGCUUAGCUCCUUUAAUAUAAAAUUUUAGUGAAUAUUUUAUUUAAAUAUUAUGUUAAUUAUUGAGGUAGAUACUUAGCUCCUUUAAUUUAAAAUUGUAGUGAAUAUAUUAUUUAAAAACUGGGUAUCUUUGAGUAAUUUAAUUUUGUUAUGGGCUGUGUGUGAUUGUUAUCGGGGUCAGAUAAAUUCAGUAUUAUUUCUUAUGUAUUGUUUUUACUGUAAGAAGUUAGAAAUCUGUCGAGGGGGUUGGAUGACCAAGUGGUUAGCACAUGCACGCUGUAUUAUAAGGUCUGUUAUUGAGUGAAUUGGUGUGGUUUCGAUUCCCUGGUUGUACGUGACAAGGAGUAGGGUCGCAUGACCAACCUUGUGGGUUUUCUCCGGGUCCUCCGGUUUCCUCCCACUACUAAAGACCCCUACGUGCAAGGAAUUAUUGAAAUAAAAUUGAACCAUGUGUUUGUCCCUAAAUGACCUAGUUUGUGUCGAGUGGACAUUAAACCCCAUUUCUCUCUCUCUAUAAAUCUGUCGUUAAAAUAUUGAAUAUCUGACGACUUAGUUCACGCUACUCUAAUUAUUUACCAUUUAAUUUUAUCCUAUAAUAAAGAAUUUUAAAUCUGGUAUUUUUCUUUCAUGAAGCGGCCCAUACUCGUUCAAUUUUUCCGUCAAUUAAUUGAUGUAAAUUAAUUGAUGAAAUUGACCUUUCCAACACACAAUCAAUGUUUUAGCGUCAGUUUUGUUUCUGAUUGAAAACUUUGAGAUGAAAGCAUCUCUGGCACUAGCAAUGUCUUCCAUACACGUUUAAUUUCUUCGUUAAUUACUUGACAUCAAUUAAUUGACCCAAAAUUGAACGGUGUGGGCCGCUUAAGAACUGUCCUGUUCUGUUUCUGUCAAACUGCUCUGUAAGUCAUUAAUUAUAUCAUUUAUGUGUACCUUCUCUUUGAUAUCUUGUUUUGUUCCAAAAUCUGUCAGGAGGGUUGGAUGGCCGAAUGGUUAGCACGUGCGCGCUGUAUCAUAAAGCCUGUCAUUGAGUCAACUGGCGUGGUUUCGAAUCCACGGUUGUAUGUGACAAGGAGUAGGGUUUUCUCCGGGUACUCCGGUUUCCUCCCACUGCUUAAGACCCCUACACACAUGCGAAUUAUUAAAAUAAAAAAUUAAACCAUAUGUUUGUCCCGAAAUGUCCUAGUCUGUCUCGAGUGGACGUUAAACCCCAUUUCUCUCUCUCUCUUUCUCUAAAUCUGUCAAAAUUAGAAUUAAUACAUUAAUAAGCAUAUUCUCUUUCGAAGUAACUAUUUUGUCAAAAUUUAAUUUGUAUAUUUUAUAUUGUUAAUUUUAUACUAAAAUUUAAUUUCAAUGUACCGGUAACUGUUCUGUCAAAAUUUUAAUUGUAUAUAUUUUAUAGUGGUAAUUUGUGUGCACAUAUAUAAUAUACAAGGGGUAUAAAUUUUGCUUUAUUUUUUAUUUUUGAUUCUUUAAAUGAGUUGGUGUAAUCCAAAAUAUGUAUAAAUAGGCUGACUAGAUGGAUAUUUAUCAUUAACUUGAAAACGUGUUACGAAACGUAGUUAUUAAAUAAUAGAGAAGUAGUUAUAUCCAUAUAUACCUUGUGUUGUUUUAUUAUGAAUGAUUUUUUGUUUUUUGCAUAAUAUAUUAAUAAGAACUUCAAAGUAACUGUUCUGUCAAAAUUUAAAUUCUAUAUAUACUCUUCAAAAAAAGUAGGGGAUAUUGAAAUGCAAAUACCUAUGCAGGUUGUGAUAUGAUAAAUAGUCUUGGACACUUGACAUGCUUUGAGAGUAUGUUCACAGAUGAAGAACUUAUUGCCCCAACAGAACCACUCGGCUGCAUGUGCGACACGCAAUAGCGCCAUACAUGUGGGAGGGAUUCAUUGUCAAAUUUGAUUCUUCAAGGAAGGGUUGAUGAAAACUGCUGCUUGCUGGUUUAUCCUAUCCAUGUUAGCUUUCCUAUCGGUUCUUGCAUAAGAUUUAAUGUUAGCAUAUCUUUGCUUUAGUGUGUUACGUUUAAUUUGAUUGGGAGAUGUGUUCGUGACGUCAAACGACAACACUGCCAGAAUUGGCCGUGGCACUGCAAGAGGAGUGGGUCAGAUUGCCCCAAAUCAUGAUUGGAUGGUUGAUAAGGAGCUUGCCACGAUGAACUGCUGAAUGUCUGAGGAUUUGUGGAGCAAUUACUCACUAUUAAGACAAAAAUAAAAAAUGUCCAUUUUCAGUUUUGACAGUGUAUCUCUUUGCGAGUGAAAUGGGGCCGUGAGAUAAGCCGCCCAUAUGAACUGUUUAUGUCCAUGUGUAGGCAAUUGGCCUGUUAUUAACAUACACUGGUUACCUCUAAUAAAAACAGCAGUGCAUUUCUGCAGUUUUGUAUUGUUUCUGAAUAUCCCCUACUUUUUCUGAGGAGUAUAUAUUUUAGUGUUAAUUUGUGUGCACAUAUAUAAUAUACAAACAGUAUAAAUGUUGCUUGAUUUUUUUUUUACAUAAUAUAUUAAUAAGAACUUCAAAGUAAUUGUUCUGUCAGAAUAUUUAUUGUAUAUUUUAUAGUGUUAAUUUGUGUGCGCAUAUAUAAUAUACAUAGAGUAAAAAUGUUGCUUAAUUUAUUUUGUAUAUUCAAAAUGUAUAAUAUCUCAUUGAUGCCUUAUACAUAUAUAGUAUAACACGCAUCAUAUAUAAUGAAUAAAUUUUUAAAAUUUA